CCAGCCCAUGCCCUGACACAGCCACGAGACCCACCCUUAGCGCCCCACGGUGCUGCUCCAGGCUGCCCCGAGCUUAGGCCAGGGUGGGCGAUCCGGCUGGGCUCACCGGGAGUCUCUGGGGCUCCUCUCCAGGGGAGGGCCCUGCACCCACACCUUACAGUGUCUGGAGGGGCCUGGCUCUGAACCCCCGCGGAGGAAGUUCCUUCACCCCCUCCCUUGGGGGUGGUCUCAGGGCUGAGACCGGAAGCCAGGCUCGGGGCCAGGGUAGCCCUGGCCUCCGUGCACCUUGCUGCCCGCGGGCCAUGAGCUCACUGAGCUGGGGACCGCCUCCCAGGCCAGGCCUCCACUCCCAGGGCCCCUGGGGCUGCUCCCCGACCCCCACCCCCAGGCAGGCUCCCGGGGGCGGGCCUGCGGCUGGGUGCCGGGCCGGAACUGCGGUGGGCAGGGCGGGCAGAGGGGAAGCCCCCGCAGGCGCACGCCGGGCCUGCCCGCUCCAGUCCCGCCCGAGGGCCCAGAGCGGCGGCGCGGGGCCAUGGACCAGCAGCCCCGGCGCUGGGCGGCAGCGGUGGCCGCAGCCCUCCUCCUGCUCCUGCUGGGUGCCCAGGGCCGGGGCGGCACUGCCAGUCCCCGGUGUGAGUGUGCCCGUGGCUCCCAGAGGAGGACCGGUCCGCUCUGCUGCAGGGGCUGCCCCGCAGGGCAGUACCUCGCGGCCCCCUGCACGGAGCCCUGUGGCAAUGCCACCUGCGCCCCGUGCGGCCAGGGCUCCUUCCUGGCCGGGGAGCACCACCAGCAGACCAGCUGCACCCGCUGCCAGGCCUGCGACGAGCAGGCCUCCCAGGUGGCCCUGGAGAACUGCUCGGCAGUGGCUGACACCAGGUGUGGGUGCCCGCCAGGCUGGUUUGCCGAGUGCCCGGGCCCUCACUGCAUCAGCGGCUUGCCCUUCCGCUGCCACCCGUGCCUGGACUGCGGGGCCCUGCACCGCCACACACGGGUGCCCUGUUCCAGCACAGACACUGAAUGUGGCGCCUGCCUGCCUGGCUUCUAUGAACAUGGCAACAGCUGUGUGUCCUGCCCCACGAGCGCCCUGUGGAGAUGUCCCGAGCCCUGCGCAGCGGCCUGCGGCUGGAGGCAGAGUAGGUGGCGUGCUGGGGACACAGCGGGUGGGAGAGCUGGGGAAGGCCCAGGGCAGCUGGGGGGCGGCUACACCCAGCACCCACCCACUGCUCUUUCAGUGUUCUGGGUCCAGGUGCUCCUGGCAGGCCUGGUAGUUCCACUGGUGCUCGGUGCCACCCUGACCUACACGUACCGCCGCUGCCAGCCCUGCAAGCCCGUGGUUCCUGCAGAUGGAGCCGGGAUGGGGGCCCUGACCGCUCUGCAGACCACCCACCUCUUACCCCCUGAGAGCGCCCACAUCCUCUUGGUGCCACCCAGCGGCAGUGAGAAAGCCUGCCCCGGCCAGCUGGUGGGCAGCGGCUGGACCCCUGGCUGCGCCCAGACCCAGGACGCGCCGGGCGCGGAGGGGCCGUGGUCCUGGGAGCGGCUGCGCAGCGGGGCGCUGGGCCCGCCGCCGCCGCCAGCGCCCCCUGCAGGCUCGGCGGCCGCCACGCUGCAGCUGGGCCCGCAGCUCUACGACGUGGUGGACGCGGUGCCCGCGCGGCGCUGGAAGGAGUUCGUGCGGACGCUGGGGCUGCGCGAGGCCGAGAUCGAGGCCGUGGAGGUGGAGGUGGGCCGCUUCCGCGACCAGCAGUACGAGAUGCUCAAGCGCUGGCGCCAGCAGCAGCCCGCCGGCCUGGGCGCCAUCUACGCGGCCCUGGAGCGCAUGGGGCUGGACGGCUGCGCCGAGGACCUGCGCGGCCGCCUGCAGCGCGGCCCGUGACGCCGGCCGCCCGCCAGCGGGCCCCAGGGCCCUCGCACAAGCCCUAAGUACUGUUACUUACGCGUGUAGACAUUUUAUGUCACUUAUUCUGUGCCCCCGGCCCGGCCCUGCGUAGCAGCGCCAGCCGCCCUGCCCUGCCCCCCACCCCAAGGGGAACGAGGGAACGGGGGAGGGGGUCGGAAUGGCUCCGCGGGCGCCCAGCCCCAGGGGC